UGACACUCUGUUCCGAUUCCUCUUGCUCCAACCCGUAUUUAACACCUCCAUCAAAAUCAAACCCCCAAAAAAAUCUUCAUUUUCAAAUGUUCAACAAUCCCCAACAAACAAUCCCCAAAUUCCAUUCCCAAUUUCAAAUUCUCCAAACCCCACAACCCAAUGUCUUCAACCAAAUCUCCGAUCACCACCACCAGAAAAGACGGUCAAGGCCUCCUCCUCGGCCGCUUCGAGAUCGGAAAACUUCUGGGUCACGGCUCAUUCGCCAAAGUUUACCUCGCACGCAACCUCAAAUCCAACGAACAAGUCGCCAUUAAAGUCAUCGACAAAGAAAAAAUCCUCAAAACCGGCUUAAUCUCCCACAUCAAACGCGAGAUCUCCAUCCUCCGACGCGUCCGACACCCCAACAUCGUACAGCUGUACGAGGUUAUGGCCACCAAAACCAAAAUAUACUUCGUCAUGGAAUACGUUAAAGGCGGCGAGCUGUUCAACAAAGUCGCCAAAGGUAGGUUAAAAGAAGAUGUUGCUAGAAAGUAUUUCCAACAGCUAAUUUCUGCUGUUGGGUUUUGCCACUCACGUGGUGUGUUUCAUCGAGAUUUAAAACCCGAAAACAUCUUGUUAGACGAAUCGGGUGAUUUAAAAGUGUCCGAUUUCGGGUUGUCUGCGAUUAGUGAGCAGAUUAAAGGGGAUGGUUUGUUUCACACUUUUUGUGGGACGCCUGCUUAUGUUGCCCCAGAGGUUUUGGGGCGAAAAGGGUACGAAGCGUCGAAGGUGGAUAUUUGGUCGUGUGGGGUGAUUUUGUUUGUGUUAAUGGCGGGUUACUUGCCGUUUCAUGAUCAGAAUAUUAUGGUGAUGUAUAAGAAGAUUUAUCGAGGCGAGUUUAGGUGUCCGAGGUGGUUUUCGCCUGAGCUCGCGAGGUUGUGUAAACGGGUGCUGGAUACUACGCCAGAGACGAGGAUUACUAUUCCGGAGAUUAUGGAGAAUAAGUGGUUUAAGAAAGGGUUUAGGCGGGUUAGGUUUUAUUUCGAGGGUGAUAAGUUGUGUAGUCUGCAGGAUGGUGAUGAUCGGGUUAACGUUGAAGAUGAUGGGAUUGAUUAUUCGUCGGACCAGUCGUCGUAUUCCGAGUCAGAAAGUGAGAUGGAUAGUAGGAGAGGGUUGACAUUGCCGAGACCUGCGAGUUUGAAUGCGUUUGAUUUGAUUUCGUUCUCACGCGGGUUUAGUUUGUCCGGUUUGUUUGAAGAUGGGGUUGAGGAGUCGAGGUUUGUGUCACGUGCGCCGGUUUCUAACAUUAUUUCGAAACUUGAGGAGCUUGCGCAGGUGGUUAAGUUUUCCGUGAGGAAGAAGGAUUGCAGGGUCAGUUUGGAAGGGUCGAGAGAGGGGGUGAAAGGCCCGUUGACAAUAGCGGUGGAAAUAUUCGAAUUAACGCCGAUUUUAAGAGUGGUGGAAGUUAAGAAGAAAGCAGGGGAUAAAGGAGAAUAUGAUGAGUUUUUGGAACAGGAACUUAGACCGAGAUUACGUGAACUUAUGCAUAGUGAUCAAUCGGGUGAAUGUGAAUCGUCACAUCUACCUUCCGAUACUGAAUAAAUGACGAAAAAAGAAUUAAAAGGGUAUGAUUUGAUUCUUUUUUCUUAUAGUUUGUAAUGGUUUUGUUUGUAUGAUAUUGAUGGUGUUUAUCGUAAGUCAUGUUUUAUAUGCUUUGCAAAAGUGCUGAGUACUUGCUUGAUCAAAGUAUUGGAUACGCGGUUGUACCCUCGUGUUCUUGGUUGGUGAUCAUCAUGGUGUGUGCUUGACCAUAUGACUUACCUUAGUGUUCUUGGUUGGUGAUCAUGGUGACUACUUGACCAUAUGAUUGUAUACUGUAAAGGAACUAAAUGUUAUAUAAAGAUUACUCUGAUUUCAUAUCUAUCGAAGCUCUUUGAAUUGUUUAUGAUAA